CCCCCCCCCCGGGAUUUCCACCAUCAAGAGGAGGGGGGGGGAGCAAGAGCAAGCCAGUAAUCUCUCACCCCUGGGAGGGAGCAACUUCACUUACCAUGCAGGAAGGUUGAAGAUGUGCUGAGAAAAGGAAGGGAAGGCAGGAGAGGCGAAAUCUCUGAGUGGGGGAGAAAGAAGAGCCCAUUUCUCUAUGUCUUGAAGAGGGAAGAUCUUAGCAGCUCCCUGUGCCCCUUGGAGGAGGGAAAGGGAAGUGGUGGCCCAUGUCCUUCUGCCUGCUCCGGGCAGAGUAAGGAGAAGGAUGUUUGUCCACCGUUCAGGUGCCUCAGUAUGAAGAGACGCUGCUGGGAGGAGGAGGAGGAGGAGGGCCAGCACUUGUCGGACACAGGCUUGGAUCAUGCACCCAUUGUGGUGGGAAAAGAGGAGGAGGAAGAAUGCAGCAGUUCGCCAUCCCCCACAAGGAUCUUUCAUGUACAAGCAAGAAAGAAGCGGAGAGGGAUAAUCGAGAAACGGCGCAGGGACCGCAUUAACAGCAGCCUAUCUGAACUACGGCGUUUGGUUCCCACUGCUUUUGAGAAGCAGGGCUCUUCCAAAAUGGAGAAAGCAGAGAUCUUGCAGAUGACGGUAGAUCACUUAAAAAUGCUUAAUGCCAUUGGAGACACAGAUGCUCAAGUGCUGGCAGUCGAUUACAGGACGAUCGGUUUUCGUGAAUGCUUUACAGAAGUAGUGAGAUACCUGGGCACCGUCAAGGAGCAGAUUGGCACUGAUUCUAUCCAGCUACGCCUCCUCUCUCACCUGAACAACUAUGUGGCUGAAAUGGAACCUCCUCCUAGAGCAACAUCCUUCCUCUUGCCCUUCCAGUCCUGGCCUUGGUGGCUUUUCCAUAAAUCUCUAGCUCCUUCUUCCCCCCAAGUCCAUCUCCUCAGGAGGGAGGACAACCCUGGCUUGGCUGUCCUGGCUGCUUCGUCAGGAAUCUAUCUGGGCCCCAUGCUGGGAGGAACACCUAUUUGCCAAAUUCCAAAUUCUCUCACAUCAGUCUGCUCUGACACCUUGUUUAGUAGAACUUCAUCAUCCCAACAGAGUAAGCAUCGCCCACUGAUGACAACAGCCACCCCCAGUAGUGCAUCCAGUGAGAGGCCGAGGGAGGCAGCAGCCCUCAGGAGCAGCCAGUUUGCAGCCCUUCUCUUCUCUUCAUCCUCCUCCUCUUUGGCUCACAGUCCAGCAGCACCAGUUUACAUGCCUCCACCACGUCCAGUUCUGCACGCUUCUGCUCAAGGACCAGGAAUCAAAAACGGGAAAGCUGCUAGGGUCUGCCAUUCCUGGACUAUGGACCUUUGUGAUCCUCCCCCCACCCCCAGAGAGAGAGAGAUUUUCAGCAGCCUUCUCUUGAAUAAAAUCAAAAAGGGAAGCUGAACUCAACCCUCA